AGUUUACAAUAGAUGGAGUGAGCUGCAGAAAAUGUGUAUGGCAGACAUACUUAAAAUAGCUGUUUUUAUUUUUGAUCUAUCGACGAUAUCGCAAUAAUCGUUUUGUGAUCAGUAGAGUCAUAUCUUCAUCAAUGUCCUAGCACGACUAUGGAAUUACACGUGUCGAAAAAGGUCCAUUUAAAUCAUGUAACAUCAUUUUGAGAUAUACAACAAAAGGUUUAAAGCUGAACUAUUUAGCUUAGCUAUGAUCAACAGAUAAUGAAGAAAUCCAACACCAUAUCCGUUAAAAAGAACCAGAACGUUUUUCUGUGUGACAAGUUAGAACUUGUAGCAAUUGAUUUAGUUGGGUAAACUUUUCCAUUAUUACACUCUUGUCUAGUGUGGGUAAUCUAACACCGUUACGGUCCACCUAUAACACUGUAAUAGUUACCAGGCUUAAGUUUGAGUGUAGGAAGACGCAUUAUUUGCUCCGUAAAUAGUGUGUCAAAUCGGAUCGUAAGGCGCACAUACUACCUGCUCUAGAUCUACGACCCAAAGGUCAUAUCCAACCGCGGGCGGUGAUUAACGUGUAUUACAUUGUAGACAAGUGUCUGCUGGAAAUUUUCACUGCUCUAUAGGAGGCGGUGCUAAAGGGCGUACGUGUCAUGUGUAAAGCCUUAUCGCACUGCCACCUGACAAUCAAAUAAGAAUUUAAGCGAUGCAUAAAAGGGGAAGAGCUUCCUGACAGAUGAUUGGGCCCGUGUGCAAAAUAUAUAAUGUGUGUAAAGCUCCUCGGCUUCGGCAUUCAAGUGUACAACGUUGGUCGAGGUGUAGGGUGAUCUAGGGGAUCCGGGCGAUAGUGUUAUGUGGGACGUACACUGAUAGUGUUAUGUGGGACGUACAAUGUAUAUGAACGUCGUUUAAAUCUGGAAUAUGAUUCACUGAUGUAAGAUUGUCCUGGCUUGUGCUGCAUUCAUCCGCUGAUAUUUCCUAGAAACCAGAUCGACUCCAAACAGGAGGUGAGCCGUAUCUAUCAGCAUGCCUGUCGUGUUCGGAGUAGAAGUCGGAGAUUCCAAUGAAGUCGACUGGGAUUGGGAUGCGGAGCUAAUAGAUACCAAUACGGGAAAGAAAGUAUUUGAUCUGAGUCACCAAUAUGUUCCUCCCGACCAGCUUUUUGCCAGUUCAAAGGAUGGACCAUGUCUUCUGAGCUGCCAUAGCUGUGCAGCAGUGAUGAAAAUAGAGGAACUCAUUCAGGUGAAAAGAGAAUUUCACCCUGAAGUUGAUGUUGAUGAUGUUUUCAGUGAUAUGGAGAACAAAUAUCGUUCAGAGAUUGCACCGAUAUGUUAUGCAUGUGUGCAAAUAAUGACUGGAACACCAGACAUUGGUUGUCCAUCUGUGUUUUCAGAAGUCACAGAAGCGUAUGACCAUAGAAACAAUUACAUGCCACAUGCGAGUAAUUGGACGGCCACAUCUGUAAAGGAGGACGACGAAGACCAACAAGAAAAUUAUAACAAUGCUGAAACUACAGACAGGACACUGCAAGAUCAUGCAACUGUGAAAAACGACCCGAAAUCCAUUGAUGUUGAAAACGAAGACUCGGGUGAAGAAGAGAUGGACAACGGCGAUACCUCUGGUGGAGAUGUUAAAAAGCAGGAGAUGAUGGAAGAAUAUGAAUCUGGUGUCAAUUUCCCGGUUGAAGAUACAGCGAUGUACACAUGCAAAGACUGCGAUUCUGAGUUCAAAACAAUGGACGAAUUCGGGAAACACACAAGAACGCAUGACCGAAUCAACGCGAGGAAGUGCCCAGCUUGUAAUGUACACUUGUCUAACAAUAAGUUUUAUGAACAUUUGAAAAGGCACGGUAGAACAAUCAAACAAACCAUCAAAGAGCUGAAGAAAAUAAGUCGAAAGGAAAAAAUAAAGAAAUUAAAGUUACGGAAGUGCUCUGUAUGCUCAUGGGCAUUUCACAGUCGGUCUCGAUUGAAAAAACAUAGGCGAAAAGUCCAUGUCAAGUGCAUCUUUUGUAGUGACUAUUUUAUGGAUGAAAAAGAUUGUAAGAAACAUAUUGUGCAGGAAAAAUGUAACGUGUACAGAAAAUCUAAGGAGAAAGCAUUCAGCAUUUCCCCUCAACAUAGGUUCCCCUGCACGACGUGUCAAAAGGUUCAUUUUUCGCAGGAUGAUCUAACACGUCAUCUCAAAAUGCACAUAACAUAUAAAAAAUGCAGGAUUUGUGGUUUAAAAAUUAGAAGUGGAGAAAUGUUUACGGGUCACAUGCGCCAACACAGGAUCGAACAGAAAGGAGAUUCGAUCGAUUCUUCUUCCCUGACUCCCGCACCACAAUGCGUUGUGGGCAAAAACGCCAGCUCGUGUACCAUCGAUGAAAGAAGCAGCUAUGAAUCCACAUCACCUGCGCAUACAGUACAAGAGGCAGAGGUCGAUACUACGAUAAUAUUAACCACAUGGCGGCAGCUGUCUUUACGAAUAAAAAACAUGGCAAAAUCGGAUCAAGGAACUAACAGUACCGACAUCAGUAGAAGCAGCAUAUCAAGUAGCAAUGCCAUUGCCAACAGCGACACCACCAAUAUUACCAACAUUACACCAGUCAGCAACUCCCCAACCAAACGCAACCACCAAGUUUGUAGCAACAACUCCAUCAGCGAUCCUAUCGACAACAAACAGACCUGCAGUAACAUGAUAACUUCUGAAGAGAUGCAUGACGCAAUGAAAAAAGGCGGUCAUAAAUGCAAGAGCUCAUCUUCUGAGAAGGAGAAUAUGACGAGGUUGCCUAAAUCAGUGGAGGAAAUCAUAUUGACAAAGAAGUUUUCUCUUAAAAGCAACGCAAAAAAGAUUUAUUUUAAGAAAUCACCGGAUAUAUUGCUCGCAAACAAACAGCAACUUCAACAUAAGGUAAUAAACGCACAAGAAAGCGUACGAUCGUGCACUCCUUAUGCCGGUAAGGAAAGAGACUUUUGAGAAAAUCGUUUUUAUGGAUAUAGAAAUAAUACUUCCCAAUACCAUGAAUUUAUAAGCAAUGAUAAUUGAUGCUUCCGGUAUAUUUGAGAGCAUCACUUAUUGCCGGAGCUCCCCCAGUGAAGUCGCGUGAUUAAGUGGUAGGUCUCACCUACCGUGUUCGGCAAAAAUUAGGAAUCUGUCGAGUUGCGAGUCGACAGGUGUACGUUUAAGUGAACACGGGGAGCUCCAUUAACAGUGAUUGUACAUCGGGUGAAAAUGUGACAUCACUGAAUAUUGUUAUGACUGUUUAGCGAUACAAUUGUGUCUUUAAUGUAAAGAAUACGAGUGCUGGUUUAAUGUCAAGGAAACGCUUUUUUUCCCGACGGAACUGAUGCGAAGCAGCCUUGCUGAAAUGAUAUAGAUAACUUUGUGUGAAUGCCAAAGUUCCGUGAUAUUGAAAUCGGUACAUACGUUAAUCAGCAGUUUCCACUUGAAAAGCCUAUUUCUCUUGGAUAACCGAAGGUUGUUGAUAUACACAAAACGAACCUUCCAAUACUAUUUCAGCACAGAAAAGUGCUGGGUAAGCAGCUCUGGCUUAUGAUGUUCUGCAGAUUUUGCAGCGGAACGUAUUCAGUCACCACAACCAUGCUAGCUAGCUCUGUUAUUGAGUAUCGACUUCAUGAUAGCCAUGAACAUGUCAUUUUUAUCAAUUGUAACCAAACCAUAUUAGUUUGUGUCUAAACUAUCCACUGACAGACGUUUAAAUGACGAGUUGUUGAUGAUUGUUUUGAGGAAUUGUAUGCGGUGGCUGUUAGACAGUCGGGGGUCUUAUUGCUAAGUAACGAUGAUGUGCGGUAGGUUAAGGCAAUCAUAAGAGCUUUAUCAUUACGUAGUAUGAGUAGCUAUUAUGAAGUCGGUUGUUCUGUAGACCAAUCCCUAAUUGGCAGCGGUGCUGGGGUGUUUGACAGUAGGAGCUCUACUUGUACGUAGCGGCGUUGUGCCUUUUUUGAAGUAAUAAGACUGUCCAGACUCCGGUCAUUUUUUCUUUUUUUUUCUUCUUUUAUGUUUAUAAUUGUGAUUCAAAAUUUGAUUUGUCAGAUGCAGUCAUGCUAACAAAAUAUAAUUUGCCCCUUUGUAUUGUCGUUAUUGUAAUUCUUAACGGGAUGUCUUUAUAGACCAUACAUUUUUACUGUUACACAUUCGUUUUGAAUAUGUAUAAUAUUCCAACUUAAAGUGUUAUAGAAUUCAAAGCAUAUUUCAUAACUUUAAUGUUGUCUUAACCCAUAUAUAUGAUUCGGUCACAAGUACUACAUUUAUUGAUUUAUGGAUGGAAUUAGCAAAAACAUAUAGGGAAUAUGUUGCAAAUAUGUUUAUAGAGUUAUUGUGUCUUAAAAUAUAUCAACUUUAACUAUACACGGAAAAAAGCAUUGGUGGAAUUUUCUGUUAUCAAAUCUUGCUUAUUACGGAACAGAAACAAUUUGUGAGCCACAUGGUAUAUUGUUUUGCCACGGAGUUAUAUAAUUUUCAUCAAUUAAAACGAUAUCAUUUUUUCGAAUAUUUUAAAACUUCUACUCUUACUUUGCAUAAUGAUAUAAUACUCAGACAGGAGUUAUUAGGGCCCCGUAUCGAAGAUAAGGGUGCCCUAUAGUAAUCACUCUAUCUGACUGUCCGUCCACAGAGUCAAC